GCCUCUCCUCAGCUUCCUAUCCUGCGCCCACCCCUCGCCCUCGUCUCGGGGCAAACUUUCUGCACCGAGUGGACAGACCCACAAUGGGAGGAAGAGAGGAGACACCAGGAACGGCCCGGGAGUGAUGAGGGGAGGAGAGCGCGGGGGACACCGAGAGACGCGAGAAUGGGAAAGAGAGCAGGCAGUGGCGGCCCCGCGGGGGUCUCGGGGCCCCCGGGCCCCCUCCUCAGCCCUCUUCAAGCCAACCCGGGUAAACACAGACGCCCUGCCAGGCCAGCGCAGCUGCUGGACACAGCCCUCGGCGCCGCUCCAACCAGUCACAGCUAAGCCCCUCCUUUCGAGAAACUCUAAGGCCGCCCCUGGAAGUGGCGGGGAGGACGGCCUGGAGGAGCACGCUCGGCAGUGAUGGAGCCCAGCGGCCCGGGGGAGGCCAGCAUGGAAGGCGCGGCGGGCGACCCAUACCAGCGACCCGCGCGACGCACGCAGUGGCUGCUGAGCGCCCUGGCGCACCACUACGGGCUGGACCGCGGCGUGGAGAACGAGAUCGUGGUGCUGGCCACCGGCCUGGACCAGUAUCUGCAGGAGGUCUUCCACCACCUUGACUGCCGCGGCCUGCAGCGCUGGGUGCGGCGGCUGGAGGACGAGCUGCGGCGCUACAGGUCAGAGGGCACCCAGCUCCCUGCCUCACCACGAGCCAGCCCAGAGCCAGAAGCCAAGACCAGUGGACCUGAGGAUGGUGAGACCAGAGACCCAGAUCCUCCUCCAGAGGGAGCCUGGGGCUCAGACAGCAACUCCGGGAGCAGACCCCUGGAUGAAGCACGUGCUUCUCCGGCAGCGGACGAGCAGCUGUUCCGCUCGGUGGAGGGCCAGGCCGCCUCUGACGAGGAGGACGACGACCACAAGUGGCGGGAGGAGCAGAGGCCACCGGCCGAGGUCACGACCCUGCUGGCCGGCCUCUCCGGCUGCGGGAAGGGGUGUGAUGACCAGAUGGCCAAGAAGCUCAUGACUUACUUCCGCCACUUCGGCAGUGCCGACCAUGCCUGCACCCUGGGGGAGCUGGAGGCCCGUGUUGCCAUGCUGGUGGAGCAGCUGGACACCCAGGGCUGCAGUCGGAAGACCCUGGGGACACCUGGGAAGGAGGCAGAGCUGCAGCGGCAGGUGGAGGAGAACGAGCAGCUGAGGCUGGAUCUGCAGAUGGUGGAGACGGAGAGGGUGCGGCUGUCCCUGCUGGAGGAGAAGCUGGCGGACGUGCUGCAGCUCCUGCAGAGGCUCCGCCACCUGAACAUAUCGAAAAGAGCCCUGGGGAAGAUCCUGCUGAGCACGCUGGACACCUGCGGGGACCCUGCACACGAGGAGACGUCUGCGCCCUCGGCCAUCCUGGAUGCCCUGCACCAGGCUCUGGCUGGCUGUGAGCUCCUGCGCAGAGAGCCCUCGGCACCAGCCUCUGCAGCUCCUGCACUCACCAACUCCCUCCUCAUCUCCUGCUGAGGUCACUGGCCCGGCCUGGCCAUCAUCAGACCAGCCUCCAAGAUCAGCCUGAUCAUCAUCACAUCCUCAGAAACCUGGAAGCACUGCACCUUCUAAGACAGACCCAAGCUCAGAGACGGGCAGCCAUCCCUUCUCCUCGGGCUCCUCCUUAUUCCCUGAGACCCCCUGCAUUCCUGCUGCCAGGGUCCACGUUGCCCUGCAGCUGCUGGAUCAGCCUGUACCUGCUGCUGCCUCCUCUGCCCCUGGAUCAGAGGUGCCCACUUUUCUGCCUGGUUCUGCCCAGAAUCCCUUCCCUGGGCUCCCUUCCCAGCACUGUGCCCUUCCUCCCCGCGGUGUGCCUGCUGCAGGGACUCUGCACCCCACCAGCCCACUGGGGAACCUAUCCAAGCCCUAGAAUGCUGGAGACCAGGCAGAGCAGGGGAACUCCAAGGGAGGAGUGAGUGACCACUGCAGGCUUCCUGGUGGAGGCUGGCCUUGAACCAGCUCUAGAAGAGCGGUAGGAUGCAGGCGGGCCAAGAAGAGGGUAGGGCAUUUAAAGUGAGGUAACCCCAAGAACAGGGGUGUGGUCCCAUAAAGGACCCCCAGCAAUGCAGGACCCAGAGCCCCUCUGUCCUGAGCAACAGGAGGCACCAGGACUCACCUCCUCAUGCCCUCCCAGGAGAGAAUGACACGCUGGCGGGCAGAGCGGAGGGGUGCAAGCAGCGCUAACCAGGGCAGCAGAGCCUGCAAGAGUCCCAUCCAGAGGGCUCUGUGGGCCCAGGGGCACAACGCACUGCCGUGGCAGCGUGAGGGCGCUGGCGGGGAGCGGGGGCAGGCCCCGGGGCCUUGGUGACAGGCAAGACCUGGACUGGAUCCCGC